CAGACCAAACAACAACAAACAAACCGCACCAGAAAAAGAAGGCCACGCUCUCUGUCACUUCCUUCUCCUAUUUCUCCCCCAUCUCUCCCUUUGUCUCUGCCAAUCUCAUCUCUCUCUCUCUCUCUAGAUCUUCUCCUAUCAACUUCUUCUUCCCAAACAUUUCGAUCAGGCUUUGAGCUUAACUUUUUUACUCUGAAAGGAUUCGUUUUUAUUGAUCUUCUUUACUUGAUACGUUAUUGUAAGAAGAGGAACUGGGGGUUUGAAACGCUGAAAAAUUGAAGUUAAUAGUAGAAGAAUCAAAGAUGCCCUGGACAUCCUUCUACAUGUUUUUCAACAGGACUUGCACUCGUCUCGUUGUCUUUUUCCUCGUUAUUCUGUAAAUUUCCAUAUCUUUCAGGCGUUGUUUCCGGAAUUUCGGAGUAGCUCUUUGUUGUUGUUAUUGUUGUUUAAAGUUUGAGAAUGUGCUUUGUUGGAAACAAGAAGGGAAACCGAACAUUGAAAGAAAUAGGAACCUUUAUGAUGACUACAUGUUUCAUUGCUAAUUACCAAUCCGUUCAAGUUUCUCAGGCAGAAUAUUUCAGACAGUUGCUUAAGCCUGUAACGUAGUCUGGUUUCUUCAGUUUCCGUUAAUUUGGGGGGUUUUCUUUUGGGCGGCUGUCUACUUUUGAUUUCGAUUAUUGUCUGGUAAAUUCUGAAAGAGCUGUGUUGACACCUGAAUCUCCUUUGGGUGGAGAAAGCUUCUGGUUUAAGGGGUAAGGAAGGGCUCUUGGUGGAAAAAAACUCUUCAGUAAGAUAUGGCCAUCACCUGAUUCUAGCAUUUGGUUCAGUUGUCAACCUAGUUUUUUAGUAGUAGUAGUAAAACCGAGCAGCUCUCAAGCUUAACGAGGUUUAGGUCUUUGGUUUUUUUUUAUAAGUUUAUACCCUUUUGCACCGGGGUUUCUCUAAUGCAGAACAAUCAGUUCCCCCACUACUCUGACGAUAUGGGUGAUGGGAACAUGAACUACCCUUAUGAUGGGAACAUGAACUACCCUUACCCUUACGCAUCAGCCUCAUCCUUUGAUGAUUUGUUCCCACCAUGUGCCAAGCUACCAUUCCAUGGCGUUGAGCUCCAACCCUCUCCGGUCUGUCCAAAGAACUUUGUCAUUUUCGAUCAGACGUAUGACCACAACAGCCAAGUGAUGUACCAUCCUGACCUGACGCCUAGGCUCGUGAACUCCGGAUUGGCUUCCACGUUUCAGAACGAGUAUGUUGGGGGAGGUUAUGGGGGCAGUUAUGGUAACUAUGGCCAAGAAGUAGUCUCCUCUUCUUACCAAGAAGAUCCUAAUGAGAUUGAUGCUCUCUUGAGCACAGAUGAAGAUGAGGAGGGGGAGGAGGAGGAUGGUGGUGAUUCAGAAGAGGUCAUCAGCACGGCUCGUAACGCUUCUUCGAGGGAGUAUGGGAAUACAUCGGCUGAGACUUGUUACUCAAGUUAUGGGUGUAACAGCAGCUCAAGAAGGAAGCAGAGUUCGUCAGGAAGUGCUGCUAGUAGUUCUAACAAUGAUGGGAAAGGAGGAAGGAAGAAGAAGAUGAAGAAGAUGAUGGGAAUGUUGAGGAAGAUUGUCCCUGGAGGUGAAGAGAUGAAUACAGCUUCCGUUCUUGAUGAAGCUGUUCAGUACCUCAAGUCGCUUAAACUUGAAGCUCAGAAACUUGGUCAUUUCUCAAAUCAGUCUUGAUUUGCUAUUUUGGACCGUUCUUGGCAAAGUAAAACUGAUCCUGGCUCUAUCUGGUGGGACUACUCCUCUCUCUCUUCUCUUCCCUUUUGCAGGAUGGGAUCUACUCAAAGAUCAUCUGGUAAUAUAGUAUGUUGAAUCUCUCUCUGUCACUCUUUUGUGUGUGUUGUUGCACAAGUUGUACUUGUGGAUUUGAUUUGUGCUUUGGUUUGGUAUCGUUUAAACUUUUACUGUAAUCAUUUGUCAUUUGCUUUGUAACUUUAAUGUAUUUUGCAUCUUAUUUAAGAAAAAAAAAACAUUUGGUCU